AUGGGUGCUGGUUCUCCUCCGGGUCCGGCCAAGCCGUCGGCCAUCCCACCCCACAUGCUCAAUGGCAGUUCGCCCCUCCAAUCGUCCACAGCGUCGGGUUCCGGAACUCGCACUCGCGAUAGUCGUGAACGUGAAAGUUUGAACUCUUCAAUCAAGUCAUCCUUUGCUCCUCGUGUCCCGGCCGAAUUCGAAGCCAUUGAGACAGUAUCUCGCCCGGAUGUACAAAAUACAUCUUCUGCGGCCACGGAAGCAGCCGACUCCGAAUCCACUUUGACUCUCCGUGGUCGAAUGCCAUUGAAUGAGCCUCCUCGUGAUCCUCGCGAUGAGGGUGGUCCUUUGACACCUCCGGCGACCUCAAGCCGCCCGGCAAGCCCUUACACCCUGAACCCGCCCAUCGACUUUGAUGGACUCAGUUGGCCUUGCCCUGGUACACGCCAGCGGUUGGAAUCCACCCCCGAGGAAAACCAAGAGCGCAUCAACAAGCUUGCAGGAGCUGUGCGAACAAUCCUUGAAUGUGUUGGUGAAGAUCCCGAGCGUGAGGGCCUCCGUGAGACUCCCGAGCGAUAUGCCAAGGCCAUGUUAUACUUCACAAAGGGUUACGAGGAGAAUGUUCGUGACCUAGUCAAUGGCGCGGUCUUUCACGAGGACCAUGACGAGCUAGUCAUUGUCAAGGAUAUUGAUGUCUUCUCUCUCUGCGAGCAUCACAUGGUUCCAUUCACUGGCAAGAUGCACAUCGGAUACAUCCCGGACCGUCGGGUCCUUGGCCUUUCGAAGCUUGCACGUCUGGCAGAAAUGUUCUCCCGCAGAUUACAAGUUCAGGAACGUUUGACCAAGCAGGUCGCUCUGGCUAUUUCCGAAGUUCUGAAGCCCCGCGGAGUUGGAGUGGUCAUGGAGUCAUCUCAUCUCUGCAUGGUCAUGCGUGGUGUCCAAAAGACAGGCAGCACAACAACUACCAGCUGCAUGCUAGGAUGCAUGCGUUCCAGUGCCAAGACCCGAGAGGAAUUUCUCACGCUCUUGAACCGCCGAUAG